CAAGUCGUCCCACCUCCCUCUCUCACAGUCAAGACGCUCCAAAGUUGCGGAGCGCUCCGCGGAAACUCUCCAAAGGGUUUUCAGCUUCAGAGCUGCACCGAGUUUACGGAGACAGAAAAAAAGUUUCAGGAAAAACUUAACUAAGCCUCGGGAGUAUCGAAGGGGCGGAAUGGUCCUCCAGCCGCGCGGCACAUGUGAGCCAAGAGGCCACCGGUAAAGUGUUUUUAUUUCAAAGGAGACGGGGAAAGUAAGAAACGAGCCGGUAGGAGAGACCUCUGAGAGCCGCCUGUCAGGAGCGUCCUGUCACCUCCACACCAUGCCGGGAUUCAGCUGGGUCUUCCUGAGCGCGCUCCUGCACGCUGUGGCACCCUGGGGCGCGCACCGACCGGACAGACCGAGGCAGUGCGACGCACCGAAGUCGCAAAGUGACAUGAACUCUUUCCUGUGGCGGGUAAAGCGUGCGCCUCCUCACCCACCCUCUUACUUAUUUGGUACCAUCCACGUGCCCUACAGUCGGGUCUGGGACUUUAUACCCGACAGAUCCAAGCAGGCUUUCCACAGCAGCCGCAACGUUUUCUUCGAGCUGGACCUGACGGACCCUCUGACCAUCUCCAAGCUGACCAACUGCCAGCUGCUGCCCCACGGGGAGAGCCUGCAGACGCUGCUACCUCGAGACCUGUACCGCCGCCUCAAGCGCCACCUGGACUACGUCAAACACAUGAUGCCUUACUGGAUGACCUCAGAUCAGCGGGGUCGUGGACUGUACGCUGACUACCUGUUCAACGCCAUCGCAGGGAACUGGGAGAGGAAGAGGCCGGUGUGGGUGAUGCUGAUGAUCAACUCGCUGACGGAGUGGGACGUCCGGUCCAGAGGGACGCCCGUGCUGGACCUGUACCUGGCCCAAGAGGCUGAGAGGAUGGGGAAGACGACAGGGGCGGUGGAGCGGGUGGAGGAGCAGUGUCACCCCCUCAACGGGCUCAACUUCUCUCAGGUGCUGUUUGCUCUGAACCAGACACUCCUGCAGCACGAGGGCGUCCGAGCAGGCAGCCUGCAGGGCUCCUUCACCACCGAGGACCUCAUCACACACUACAACUGUGGAGACCUCAGCCACAUCAUCUUCAACCAUGACACCUCACAGCUGCCUCACUUCAUCAACAGCUCGCUGCCAGCUCACGACCGCACGACCGCGCUGCAGAUCGACAGCUACUUCCGCCGGGAGCUCAUCUACAAACGGAACGAGAGGAUGGCCCGCCGUGUGUCCGCCCUGCUGCAGAGAAAUCCCAACCAGACUUUCUUUUUCGCUUUCGGUGCAGGUAAGGGAGCCUCAGAUACUGCUUGGGGGAGGUUUGGGGGGAGGUUUAAUUAA